GGCCGGGAAAGCUCUUCCCAGCUCUGAGCCGGCAGAUCCGGGUCUCGUGGUCUAGACUGACGUGGUCAAUCGAAUCAAAACAGAAGGGGAAAGGUUCCUGGGGCUGAGCCGCGGCUUGUGCUGGUCGAGCAGCCGGAGCGAGAAGGCGGCAGCGGCAGCAGACACAGCACCAGACUCCAAGGCUAGGUGUUCACAGCCAAAUUUUGAUUUCUUGGCAUAAUCAUGGCAGAAGGUGGAUUUGAUCCCUGUGAAUGCAUUUGCUCGCAUGAACAUGCAAUGAGAAGGCUGAUCAAUCUGUUGAGGCAAUCCCAGUCAUACUGCACGGACACGGAAUGCCUUCAAGAAUUGCCAGGACCAAAUUCCUCUGGUGAUAAUGGCAUCAGUAUUGCCAUGAUAAUGAUGGCCUGGGUGGUUAUCGCUCUUGUCUUGUUUUUGCUGAGACCAACUAAUCUAAGAGGAUCCAACAUGGCUGGAAAACCAGCCAGUCCACAUAAUGGUCAAGAACCACCAGCCCCACCCGUGGAUUAGACCUUGUAAUUCUGGAAAUGCUCAACCGCUAAAACCUUGCACGACCAAAUGAACGCAAGUGACCAGAGUACUAAAUCCCAUUCAAUACUAUUUUCCUUUUGCAUUUACAUGAAGCAGGAUGAUAUUAUUUUGGUAUGGAACAGCUAGUAGCUAUUUCACUUUUAAAUUAAUUCUUGCUUUAUAUUUUACCAUUCCUAGUAGGUGAUGUUUGAAUAAACAAUAAGGAGCUGCAGGGGGUGGGGUUUGGGUUGUUGUUUUACUGUGGACAUUCCACUCAUUCUCUUUUUGUUACAAUGAUUACAAUACAUAAUUUCUUUGCAGUGGUCUCUAGCAUAAUUGAAGGAAAAUUCAAAUCCUUGUGCAUUUAUAGGCAUUAAAAGUUAUUUUUCAGAUUAAUUCUCUUUUUUUCCCUACAUAUUUUUGAAAUUUAGUUGCAAACAUUAGCUUGAGUUUUGGGUAGAAAAAGUGAAAUUACUUUACCUUUACCUUUACCUUGCUGUUCAGAGCAGCUUUAACUCUUUGGACCGCUAACCUAGUUUUUAGGGCUGUUGCAAAAGCAUGGAUCAUCUACUGUAAUGAAUGUACAUCUAUGUGUGUGUGCAUAAGUAUGUGUCUGAGAAUUAUUACCAUCAAGAACUUGUCUGACGUGUAAGGAAUUUACACAAAAGAUUAUCACCAAAAUGAAAUUAAAUACAUUCACCAAUAAAUGAACUGUCUGAUUAGUAUAUGUUUAAAGACAACUAAGACUUGGGCAACUAAAUUCUAAAAGAGAAUCUGUUUACAAACUUUACAAAAAGAAAAAUCUAGUGACAAGUAUCCAUUACAAUUUUCUCGCCUGAGUAUAAUCUUAUAAUAAUCAAUAUCUUAAUUUUUUUACUGCAACACGUAACAAGAUCAAAAUUUUAUUAACCAGUCAUUAACUUCAGAAAGUUAUUGUCACUUACUUACAAUUUGGUUUUUACUUAUAUAUUGUAAAUAUAUAAGUAAAAGUAUAAUAUAUAUAUUACUUUCGAUUCUUAUCUGUUUGUUGUUGGAUUGUUCAAAACAGAAAUUGCAGGUGAAGAUCUAUAGCAUAUAUUUUGCCUUUAAUAUUUGUGUGUGUGUGUGUGUGCGUGCGCAUCUUCUGUUUGAACUAGUGAGUGACUUUUUUUAAACAUACAUUAAAUAAUUUAAGAACAUUUUAAAGAUGUACAGAAAAGUAACACUCUUAUUUUUCUUAUCAAUUUGAAAAAUUAAUGAGAAUGAUGUAAAGGACAGUUUUGUGUGACCAGAUAACUAUGGAGGUCAGGGCCACCCAGAAGAUUCCCCACCGCCGAAGACCCGGCACUUCGGCGGCGGGUCCCGGG